AUGAGCGAGUGCAGUCCUUGUCUGCUGUUGUUUUCCUGGCGAAAAAACAUUAUUUGGCAGAACAAGGACGCUGGACUCGUCUUGAGUAUUUCUAUACUGGUAAAAAGUACAUUCUUGAAUAUGGACAAGACGCAUAAUUUUUUCGCUCAAUUUGCAACUGCAGCCGCGUUUUUACUGCGUUUCUUGCGCGGCCUCCUCGUGUCACCCACUUCUGAAUGUGCGGUCGGAACAUUUCUCAGGGCGGCUGCGCACUCUGGCGGUAUCUCUAUCCCUGUCCUUACGGAGUCGUAUAUUACAAUGCAAGCCAUUCGUUUCUUCCUUCUCGAGCAGCAACAUUCUGGCAAGAAGGAUUGCGUCAAAAGUUCCAUGUCGUCCUGUGGCGUAACAGGCAGUACGCAGAACUACUGCAAGUCGGAACCGUGCUGA